AUGACCGAGAAGGACAACUAUAUCAAGGCCUCCAAAAUUUCCGUUAUCGGUAUUGAGUAUAUUGGACUUGAGCGGCUACGAUUCACCCGCGGGGCUGAGUUUGACAAGGCGGUACGUUGGGGUCCCCGAGGGCCGAAUACGUUUGGCGCCGAUGAGGAUGAAGAGGAUGAGGAGCCGACUGCAGACGGGGACAUCGAGGUGAUUAGCUCUCCAGCAAUCAACAUCCUGAGGGCAAUGAGUUACGACGAAUUAGAGCAGGAAAGCUAUGGAGACUUCUGGUUCACAUUUGAUGCGGGUAGCGAGGAUGACGACGAUGAGGAAGAUGAGGAAUGGGAUGAGUGA